AUGUCCUCCAUUGCAAAAAAGAUGUUGGAGCGGCAUGGCUGGCAGGAAGGCAUGGGACUCGGCCGCAAUGCGCAGGGCGUCUCAACAUACAUUAAAGUUGUGCGGCGGGAUCCGAAGAGCACGACGGGAUUGGGGCACGCCGCUGAUGCCACGCAGGCACCGCAGGCCUCAACCUUCGCCGUGGAGCUCGACGCCGUCUACUCGGAUAUCUCAGCAGCAACAGGAAAACAGAAAAAAGUAAAGAAGAAUAAAGAAAAGGAAGAAGAAGAAGAAGAUACAGAUGAGGUUGUGGAUACACCUAAUGACUCUCAGAAGCGUAAGAAUGGAAAUGAUCAGAAGAAUCGUAAACAGAAGAGGCCACGUGACUCCGACAGCUCCUGCAGUGAGACUGGCAGUAGUAAUAAUAAUAAUAAUAAUAGUGAUAGUAGUAGUGAUAGUGAUAGUGAUGAUGAUCACCGUGUGGAUAUAACGCGAAUGACGGAUGAAGAACUUCUACGGCGGUGUGGUGGUGUGCGUCUGGGCCGUGCGGGUCGACAUCGUUUCUUUGAGGGGAAAUUACGACGCAUUGAAGAGUCCCAUCGGGGACAAAAGUAA